CAGAUCCAAAGUUUGGUUGGGAUUUUGGAUUUAAAGAAUUUGCACGCCCAGCUAUUAUAGCUGAAGUUAUCUCUGCACUCAAAGUAAUGGAACCAAUCUUUUUUCUUGCCUUCUCCAUGUUUGGUUUUGUUCUCCAGCUCGGUUCUCUUGUUACCGAGAAAGAGCUAAAACUUCGUCAGGCAAUGACAAUGAUGGGAGUUUUUGAUACAGCUUAUUGGUUAUCAUGGCUCACAUGGGAAGGACUCCUUACAUUUGUCUCCUCACUCUUCUUAGUCCUCUUUGGAAUGAUGUUCCAAUUCGAUUUUUUCUUGAAAAACAGUUUCUUCGUUGUCUUCCUACUUUUCUUGUUUUUUCAGUUUAAUAUGAUUAGCCUAGCGUUCGUGCUAUCAUCUUUCAUUAGCAAAUCAUCUUCAGCUACAACUGUUGGUUUCCUUGUGUUUCUCAUUGGCUUUAUCACACAGAUUGUAUCAGCUACUGGAUUCCCUUACUCUAACGCUUAUCCUGCUUCUCGCCGCGCGAUUUGGUCACUCUUCCCACCCAACACUUUUUCUGCGGGCCUUAAGCUUCUUCUUGAUGCAACUUCAACUCCAGCAAGUUCUGGAAUUAGCUGGAGUGAAAGAGCUGUAUGCGAAGGAGGCAUGUCAACUUGUGUACUUUCAAUUGAUAUUAUCUACCAGUGGCAAGUCGGGACAUUCCUUUUCUGGUUUGUUCUCGCCAUCUACUUUGACAAUAUCAUUCCCAACGCAUCCGGUGUAAAAAAACCCAUCUUCUAUUAUUUAACACCUGGUUACUGGACUGGUAAAGGAGGCAAUAAAGUGGAAGGUAUUGUCUCCUCAUAG